AUGGCUCUUACGCUCGGCACUAUUCUCUAUGUCGCCAUCCUUCUUAUAAAUGCCAUGGCGGUUCUCAGCGAGGACAGGUUCCUUGCGCGAAUUGGAUGGUCAUCAGCACCAGUACCGACGGUAGCUGCUGGGUUUCAGGCGUACGGGGCCGCCUAUGACCAGCCAGGCUAUCCAGGAGCUCAGGACGUUAGUGUGAAAGCACGGCUCAUAAACCUCAUCAGUGCGGUGCGGACGUUGAUGCGAAUACCUCUGAUCGGACUGAACCUUGUCGUCAUCGGAUACGAACUCAUCCUCGGUAGUUGA